AUGGGCCGGGUGCGGCCGGGCGGCUGCGGGCUGCUCCCGGUCCUGCUGCUGCUGCUGCUGCCGCUGCUCGGCGGGGCGGCGGGGCCGGGCUGCGGGGGCUCCCCUCGUCUGCUCCGCUUCUCCGGGCAGGUGCCCGAGAACAGCCCGGCGGGGACCCGGGUGCGGGGCUUGCGGGUGCCGCUGCGGAGGCUGCUGGGCCCCGGUGAGCCGGCCGGGGAGUGGGCGCUGGAAGGAGACGGCGCUUCGCUCUUCUCUGUCCAGCGGUGGCCGGGCAGCGGGCGGGGGCUGCUGCUGCUCCUCACGGCCGAGCGCCUGGACCGGGAGGCUCAGCCCGAGUACGGGCUCUGGCUGCGGCGGCGGGCGGGACGGUCCCCCCGAGAGGCGCUGCUGCGGGUCCGGGUCUUGGACCGCAACGACCACCGGCCGCGGCUGUCGCCGGCGCGGCCGCUGGAGGUGGACGAGCUGGCCCCACUGGGCACGGAGGUGGCCCGGCUCCGCGCCUCGGACGGUGAUGAAGGCGCCAACGCGCGCCUCACCUACCGCCCCUGGCCGCCGGGCGCCAGCAGCCGCCUGCUCUUCGUGGUGCCCCGCAGCGGGCAGGUGCUGACCGUGGGCUCGCUGCUGGGGCUGCGCCGGCUCCGCCUCUGCGUGGCCGCUCUCGAUCACGGGCGGCCGCGGCCGCUGCGCAGCCCCGCGCGGUGCCUGCGCUUGGCUCUGUCCUUUCUGAUGCUGGCCAUAGAUAAUGACUGGUACCUCUGCCAUGUGACACUCUUUGCCCCAGAAGAUGAACUCCUGUCCUGGGGCAUGUACCCAUACCCCUACCUGGCACGUGUGGAUCCAGAUGCACGAAAGGGCACUCUCAUCUACCAGCUUGUCGCACAUCACAGUAACAAUGAAAAUGCCAGUGCUGGGAUAACUUACACACUCAUUGCAGGCGGUGAAGAACGAUUCCAAGUGGAUAAGGGUACUGGCAUCAUCAUGACAACUGGCUUGCCAUUGGCGUGGAACAAGGAGUAUGUGGUUACUGUGGAAGCCACCGAUGAGUACGGCAACAAAAGCCCCUAUGCCUCCAUUUCUAUCCUGGCAGGCUCCCGACCUCCGCAGUUCACUAACAUGUCCUACAGUGUGUUUGUGCCUGAAAAUACUCCAGCAGGAGAAAAAGUAGCAGUUGUUGAGGCUGUUUCUUUCCAGAGCCAGCCUCUUUCGUACACUCUGCUGACAAAUCCCUCUGGGCUCUUCAGGGUGAGGCAAGAGAGCGGAGAGCUCAGCCUGACCCACCCUGUGGACUACGAAAGUGAACACCAUCUCUAUCAUCUCUUACUGAAAGCCAUGGAAGUUGAGAGCACUCUCAGCAGUGUGACUGAGGUCAUGGUCCAUAUCACCGAUGAAAAUGACUGUUCUCCUGAAUUCCAGCGCUCCAUUUACAGCAGAGACAAUGUUCCCGAAACCAUUCCUGUUGGCACAUCUCUACUGCAAGUACUUGCAACAGACUGCGACUCUGGCUCCAACUCUGAGAUCACUUACUUCAUCCAGAGCACUGAUUUUUCCAUCACGCAUCACGGGGUCAUCAAUUCUAAUCAGAGGCUGAACUUUGAGCGAGCAAACCAUAUGUAUGAGUUUGUGGUGAUAGCUGUUGAUAAAGGACACCCUCCUCGGACAGGGACGGCGUCCGUGCGGAUUCGAAUGGCCAACGUGAAUGAUGAGGCUCCUGUCUUCUCCCAGCCUGUUUACAGAACCUUCCUUUCGGAAGAUGCGGGUCCCAGCACCUUAGUGGCUACUGUUCGGGCAGAGGACCCUGAUGGAGAUGGUCUGCUGUAUCUGAUUACAGGAGGCAAUGAGGAGGGCAACUUUGAACUGGAUAGCCAGAAAGGUAUCAUUAAGCUCCGCAGAAACCCACCACCCAAUCUGAAAGGGCCACAAUACACCCUGAACAUCACUGCAAUAGAUGACAACGCCUCAGGGGGACCCACCCCUCUCAGCAGUUUUGCUGAGGUUAUUGUAGGAGUUAACGACAUUAAUAACAACAAGCCUGUCUUCAGAGAGUGCGCUUACUACAGUGACAGCACCUGGGUUUUGGAGAAUCAGCCUCCAGGCACAUACGUGCUACAGGUAGAAGCCUAUGAUGCAGACCUUGGCGUCAAUGGAGAGGUGAAGUAUGGGCUAAUGCACCGAGACGGAGCUUCCCUAGGCUUCAGCAUUGACCCAGACACAGGAGUCAUCAGAACCAUGCAGAGUUUUGACCGGGAGAAGCAGAGGGAGUAUAUGCUGUCUGUUACUGCUACUGACCAGGCACAGGAGCCGCUGAUCGGCGUGUGUCAGAUCACCGUCCUCAUCGCUGACAUCAACGACAACGAUCCCAAGUUUGAGAACAGUCGCUAUCAAUACUUCCUUAGCGAAGACACUCCAGUGGGGAUGAGUUUCCUCCGUGUUGCAGCUCACGACAGUGACCAGGGUGUGAAUGCUGCUGUCACAUACUCGAUGUUAGAGCAUCAAGUGGAAUACUUCCAGAUCAACCCCAGCACAGGUUGGGUGUACGUGAACUGCCCACUACCCCAGACAACUCGCAUUAGGCGCUAUAUUGUAGCGACAGAUGGCGGGAACAGGAGCAGCACCGUGGAGCUGACGGUCACUGUCACUAAUGCACUCAGCCAGCCACCACGGUGGGAACAGAACAGAUACUGGGUAACCAUCCCUGAAAACACCAUUCGUGACACCAAGAUAUUGACCAUCAAAGCCACAUCCCCUCUUGGUGAUCCCAGGGUUACGUAUAAUCUGGAGGAGGGUCAAGUUCCAGAGACUAACAUGCCAGUUCGUUUCUAUCUGAAGCCAAACAGAGCUGAUGGAUCUGCUUCUCUCCUAGUCGCUGAACCACUUGACUUUGAGACAACUAAGUUUUUCACCCUGACAGUCCGGGCACAAAAUGUAGCAAUGACUCCUUUAGCUUCCUUUGCCACUGUUUGUGUGAACGUAACAGAUGUCAAUGAUAAUGUUCCAUUCUUCAUGUCUUCUAACUAUGAGGUGUCUGUGCCAGAAGGAGCUGAUGUUGGCACAUCAGUGGUUCAGGUGUUAGCCUCGGACUUGGAUUCUGGCCUACAUGGAGAGGUUCACUACUUAAUAUUGAAAGAUUCUAAUGAGGAUUACCAGUUCUUCACCAUUGAACCUGAGACAGGAAUUAUUUCCACCCGUGCAUCUUUUGACAGAGAGAAAAGAGCCUCUUACUUGAUUGAAGUUCAGUCUCAGGACUCUUCAGAAUCUGCUAGACCUGGUGUUCAUGGGCAGCCCAACACAGACACAGCCUACGUAAGGAUUUUUGUCAGUGAUGUGAAUGACAACGCUCCGGCAUUUCCUCGGUCAGCGUAUGAGGUCAGCGUAGAUGAGGACAAGGAUGUUGGAAGUCCUGUUGUGACAGCAAUAGCAGAUGAUGAAGAUGAGGGUGCAAAUGCCAAACUAAGGUAUCAGAUCACAUCAGGAAAUCUGAAAGGAGUUUUUGAUGUGGAGCCUGAGAUUGGAACUGUCUUCAUUGCUCAGCCUCUGGAUUAUGAACAAGAACAACAUUAUGAGCUCAGGCUUGUAGCUUCUGAUGGAAAAUGGGAAAAUCACACUCUUAUCGUCAUCAAUGUUGUCAAUAAGAAUGAUGAAGCACCAGUCUUCACUCAGAAUGAGUACCAGGGUGGUGUCUUGGAGGAGCUCACAGAUCUGCCUGUACUUGUCCUAAAGGUUUCCGCAACAGACCCUGACCAAGCAGCAGAUCAAAAUGCCAUUAACUAUUCCCUGCAUGGGCAGGGGGCCAGUAGUGAAUUCAGCAUCAAUGAGAACACAGGUGAGAUCAGCGCAAAUAAAAGGUUAGACCGUGAGAAGAGAUCAACGUGGCGCUUUCUUGUUCUUGCAACAGAUGAGAGUGGAGAAGGACUGACUGGCUUUGCAGAUGUGAUCAUAGAAGUGAGGGAUGUGAAUGACAACGCACCCCUUUUCCUCUGUGUGUUGGAUGGCUGUUUCACGGGCCACGUCCCUGAGGAUGCACCAGCUGACAGUCCUGUCAUGGAAAUGACAGCAGUGGACCUUGAUGACCCGAAGGCUGGUAUGAAUGCUGUGCUAACAUACAGUAUCAUUCAGAACGUCAAAAAUGAAAUUAAUCUGGACUUGUUCUCAAUUGACUCAGUCAGUGGCACGAUCUGUACUGUGCUUGGGUCCCUGGACCGGGAGAAGGAAGACAAGUACCUCAUAGUGGUUGAGGCCAGAGAUGGAGGAGGGCUCACUGGGACAGGCACUGCCACUAUAUUGGUGACUGAUGUAAAUGAUCAUGCUCCAGUCUUCCUGCAAAGGAUUUACACAGCCUUUGUAUCUGAGAAUGCGAGCAUUAACACUGAAGUGGCAGUGGUGUCUACUGUGGACAGAGACGAAGGAGAAAAUGCCAUGGUGACAUUCAGCAUCCUUGAUGGGGACAAUGACCACAAGUUUUCCAUUGAGACAGAUGAAGUCAACAACUGUGGGUUUAUCCGGCUGCGAAAACAGGUUGACUUUGAGAAGCCUCAUGAGAGGGUAUUCAAUUUGACUGUGAAAGCAGAGGACAUGAAUUUCUUCAGCAUUGCUUACUGCGUGAUCUAUGUGGAGGAUUCAAAUGAUCAUGCUCCUGUCUUCUACCCUCAGUUCUAUGAAGUGGUUGCCCUGGGGGAAGACGUGCCGGUUGGCACCAAAGUUGUGCAGGUUUCUGCUGUUGACUUGGAUUCUGGCCUGAACGGAAGGUUUUCUUUCCACCUGCUACAUAAGUCUGACCCAGGUGGCCAAUUCUCUUUGGCUAAUGAUGGGUGGCUGAUGGUUGCAGGGCUGCUGGAUCACGAGACAGUGACACAGUACCAACUCAUUGUCAUUGCCACUGAUAUGGGGCAGCCCCCUCUGACUGGCAGUGCCACUGUUUUAGUGACUCUGCAGGAUGUAAAUGACAAUGGGCCAGAGUUUGAGGCUCAUUAUAACCCAGUGGUCUGGGAAAACACAGCUUCUCCACAGGUUGUCCAAAUGAACGAGACCUCCACGCUGCUGUAUGCAAAGGACCGAGACACUCCUGCGAAUGGAGCACCUUUCUCCUUUCGCCUUCUCGGCGAUUUUGAUAGUCUGACUAACUUCAACUUGCAGGACUUCCACAAUGGAAGUGCACUGCUCACUGCACUGCAUACCUUUGACAGAGAAGUGGACAAGGCAUUUUACCUGCCCAUCCUGAUCACAGACAGCGGGAUCCCACCGAUGAGCUCCACCAACACACUGACUGUGAAUAUUGGGGACCAAAAUGACCACCCACACUCUGCUGGCCACAUGGAAUGUCUCAUUUACAGCUAUGAUGGUAUUCUCCCCACGACUGUACUGGGCCAGGUCCGUGCCCCUGAUGCUGAUGACUGGGAUCACAAAAUCUACCAAUUUGAAGGGAAAACAUCAAG